CGUGCUGGAAGAUUAUUCAUUUUCUUCUGGAUGCGAUGCAAUACGUAAUUUCACCUACCUCAAACUGACAGAUUCGUAGUUUUGUGUUCAGGUCCGUUUCAUGCUUCAUGCUUCAUGCUUCAUGCUCACAGCCCUGCACUUUUCAACAACUUAUUCACACCCAGCCAAUAGACUGGUAGGUAUGGCACCUGAAGGUUAGUUAGCUGCCAGCAAAGGGCUACUGAACAGUACACGUUUUAGUGCAUAUAUCAGCAUCACAAAGGUGUGGUACAUAAAGAACUAGGCUGAGGGAAGCACUUACGGAGAGGAGACAAUGGAGGGAGAUGGCGACGCGAGGGCACCAUUGCUAGACUUCGUCGAUGACCGGUCGGGCGCAUCGGAGGAGCUGCUGCGGCGGGAGCCGGUGCCGUUCGAUGUGCUCUCACGGCUGGCAUUGUGGGAGGCUGGCAACCUUUGGCGCAUCUCAUGGGCGUCCAUCCUCAUCACUCUCUUCAGCUUCACUUUGAGCCUCGUCACACAGAUGUUCGUUGGCCACCUUGGUGAGCUCGAGCUCGCUGGCGCCUCCAUCACCAACAUUGGCAUCCAGGGUCUAGCCUACGGCAUCAUGCUUGGCAUGGCGAGCGCGGUGCAGACAGUGUGUGGCCAGGCCUAUGGGGCUAGGAGGUACAGGGCCAUGGGGGUCGUCUGCCAGAGGGCGCUCGUACUCCAGUUCGUGACGGCCGUCGUCAUUGCCUUCCUCUACUGGUACGCCGGUCCAUUCCUGCUGCUCAUUGGGCAGGCUGCGGAUGUGGCCGCGGCGGGGCAGCUGUAUGCUCGCGGGCUGAUACCGCAGCUGCUCGCCUUCGCGAUCUUCUGCCCAAUGCAGAGGUUCCUGCAGGCUCAGAACAUCGUCAACCCUGUGGCAUACAUGACACUGGCCGUGCUUGUCUUCCACAUCCUGAUCUCGUGGAUCGUUGUGUUCGUGCUUAGUUUUGGCCUUCUCGGCGCGGCUCUGACACUGAGCUUCUCUUGGUGGGUGCUCGUGGCGUUGACAUGGGCGUACAUCAUCUGGAGCCCGGCUUGUAAGGAGACAUGGACCGGCCUGUCCAUGCUUGCUUUCAGAGGCCUCUGGGGAUACGCCAAGCUCGCCUUCGCGUCUGCUGUUAUGCUAGCAUUGGAGGUCUGGUAUGUGCAAGGAUUUGUGCUUCUGACUGGCUUCCUCCCCAACUCAGAGAUUGCUCUUGAUUCACUCUCUAUCUGCAUCAAUUACUGGAACUGGGACUUCCAAAUCAUGCUUGGUUUGAGCUAUGCAGCCAGUAUUCGUGUCGGCAAUGAGCUUGGCGCUGGCCAUCCAAAAGUUGCAAUUUUGUCGGUCCUCGUGGUAGUCGUGGCGAGCAUCGCCUUCAGCAUUCUCGCCACGAUUGCAGUCAUGGUCCUCAGGUACCCGUUGAGCACUUUGUACACAAGUAGCACGACGGUGAUUGAGGCCGUCAUCAGUCUGAUGCCCCUGCUGGCCAUCAGCAUCUUCUUGAACGGAAUCCAGCCAAUCCUCUCAGGAGUUGCGGUCGGGAGUGGAUGGCAAGUCAUAGUUGCAUAUGUCAACGUUACAGCUUACUAUGUGAUUGGGCUGCCGAUUGGAUGUGUCCUAGGGUUCAAAACAAGCCUCGAGGCAGCUGGGAUCUGGUGGGGCUUGAUCAUCGGGGUCAUUGUGCAGACGGUGGCUCUGAUUGUCAUCACAGCCAGGACUAACUGGGACAACGAGGUGGAGAAGGCGAUCCAGCGACUGCGGCGCACAGCCGCCGACGAGGGUGGGAUGGUGGUCGCCGUCGGCGACAUCUGAUGAACGGACCAAAUGACUAUGGCUCGUUCUGCCUGCUGUUUGCUAGAGUGGUGAACUUUACGAGGCUAGUGCUUUUCGGUUUGUGCAAUAAUAAGUUGAAUUGAAACAACAGGCUUGUAGUUAAUUAACUAAAAAAUGGUUUGAUUUCUUGGAGGCUUGGAGCUCCAACACUUUGAUGCCCCAAGUUAGUUUUGUGCUAA